AUGAACACCACCACGCGCCGCUUCCCUAGGGACGAAGAGCUUGGGAAGAAGGACGAUGACCACGACAAGCUUGGGAAGGCCACUCCUUGGGCAUCAUGGCGAGCACGGCUGAGGUAUCGCAAGCGGCGGAUAACUGCCCUCUGCGUCGGCCUGUUCGUCCUGUGGCUCUUCGUACAUCAUAUGCCGGAGCCACUGGGUCCUGUAGAAAAGAGAUACGGACAAGGCGGAUUGGGCACCAGUCAGCCAUUUGGCCAGCCGCGCAGGGGACCAGGUCCGACUGGGACACCUCCUCGACCACCUCAGGGCACACAGACGGAGGACGCGAAACACUACUUCUCAGGCCCCAUCAAGUUCUAUCAGCUGGGGCGGACUCUCCAUGGAAUAACCAAGACCUGGGGAUACCAAACCGUCAACCGCAAUGUUCUCUUCGCCGCGUCCAAUCUGCGUAGCGCAUCCGUGCUCAUACCGAUUGCCUGUGAUAUGGCAAAAUGGAACAGGAAUUACGUCCACAUGGUUUUUAUGGGCAGAGACAACAUGGAUCUGGAUGAGAUACUGGAGAUCAACGGUGUCGACCGGGAAGAGUGCGAUGCAUUCUGGCAUGAUGCGCGGCCAGACUACUCCGAGUACAGUUCUGAAUCCCGCGCGGAGAAGAGCGUGGCAGCAGCGCUGGGCUACAUCAAUGACUUUAUGCAUCCGCAGGUCAUCAUUACCGAUGACUGGGCGCAGGAGGAUGCUUUCUUCGGAACAGCUGUGCAAUCCAAGACCAAGCUACAGAGGCAUCCUGUCGUUCAGCUCCCGAAGGGCGCCGCGGAGAAGUUUGAGUGGAUGACUCGACUAGAUGCUGGAUCGCUCAGCGCAUGGCACAAGUCUACCAUUGACAUACUCAUUCAUGCUCCUUCCGAGUCUUCCGGCUCACUCAUCAGAACCAUCAAGUCAAUCCAGGAUGCGGACUAUCAGGGCUUACAGUCGCCGCGUAUCAUUGUGGAGCUACCACCCGAGAUCGAUCCUCCGACUAAGCACUUCCUUGAUACCCUAGUUUGGCCACCGUCGAUCAAGGAGAACCCUCUCCAAGCGAGUCAGCUCAUUCUGCGACACCGCAUUCCGACACAGAAGCUAUCGGCUGAAGAAGCCUCUAUCAAGUUCAUGGAGUCCUUCUAUCCUGCUGCUUCGGGCACCUCUCAUGUCCUGCUCCUCUCUCCACAGGCUCAGCUUUCCCCGCUAUACUAUCACUAUCUCAAAUACCAUCUCCUCGAGUACAGAUAUUCUACCUAUGACGAAGAAGACCGCGCCAAACUUCUCGGCGUCAGUGUCGAGCUUCCCUCUACCCAGCUCAACGGCACAAGCCCCUUUACACCCCCAGGCGCCGACGUCAUGAACGAUCCAAAGUACAGCAAGCAGAAGGGAGCUGCUCCCUUUCUUUGGCAGGCACCAAACAGCAAUGCAGCACUCUGCUUUGGCGAUAAAUGGAUUGAGCUUCACUCAUUCCUCAGCAAUCGCAUCGCCAAACAACACUCCGCCUCGCCGCCCAAACCCCGAGCGAAGCUAGUGUCGCCAGCACACCCCUCGUGGACUGAGUACCUCCUCGAGCUCAUGCGAGCGCGUGGUUACUGGCUGUUGUAUCCCGGCCUCCCUCCGUCCGAAACGCUCGUAACCAUUCACAACGAGCUGUACCAUCCACCCGAAGAGUUUGCACCCCCCACUGCAGCCGAGAAGAACAACGCCGUCGAGCCACUAAAGCUAUCCGAGCACGAAGCCUUCAUCGUACCUGCCUCUCCACCUCCACCCCCAUCCACCCACGAAGCCCCGCUCGUCCCGCCUUCGAGACCGCUCCACGUCCUCCUCCCCUUCAACGCGGAUCUCCCGGAAGUCCCACACAUGGCUCACGUCUCCCAUGCAGGGGAGUUGUUAUCGCCCGCCGAUGCCGAGGAAGCGGCUGCCGAGUAUGCCGCCCGCUUCCGACGGGAGGUAGGCGGGUGCGGAAAAGAACCUAAGGGGAAGAAACGCGUUGUGAAGGCGGGUAGCGCGAGGGAUCUGUUUUGCUUCGGCGAUGAGGAGAAUGAGGAGUUUGAGAAUGUGGCGGCGUUGCCGACGGCUGUUGCAGCGGAGACCUUGAUGGAGACGUCAAGCUUGGCGAGUAAGAGUAGGACUAGUAGCAGUAGCAGUAGCAGUACGGCGGCGCAUACGCGUGAGGCUGUUGCGGAGCUAGUCGGUACGGUGUCGGACGGCGUGGACAGGCCUGGGCCGACUACCGCUGAGACAGGUGGCGAAGCGGAUUCGAAGUAUUUGGAUUAA